AUGGACGGAAUGGUAGCGUCAAACCCCAAUAGUGGUGGUGGUGGUGGUCUUGAUGACAAGCGAAGCACAAACAUGACUCCUAUUGCAGGGUCAUUAGAACAACAACUGAAGCACGUCAUCCCGGGUUUUCUGAUUCUCAUCGAUCUCUGUCUGAUCGGAGUUCCACUCUAUCUCUGUCACGUGAUCUAUGUGAUUCUGGUCUAUUACGGAUAUCUGGCUGUGGUCACUCUGUGCCUGUUCCUGAGCUACAUCCUCGGUAUCGGGGAUCGGAAUAGUCCGGAAGCCGGGAAUCCCACUGUUUGGAUCGCUGGUUACCCUUUUCUGCCCAAUGGCUAUUCAGAUUUCACCAAUGUGCAUCGAAUUCUGGGAACCGUGUUUGGUAGUGCGGCCUUGGCCAUCGUAGUACACUGUCUACUGUUAUCCGUGGUCAUACUACGAGAUUUCUUCGCCAGCCUGUUUCAUCGGAGCACGGAACUUUGGAUCGAUGAUACCGGACCGGCUGUCACUGGGGAUCCUCAUCUAACCGAUCAACUGUUCACCCCUGCGACCCCUAGCACAAGCACAACCGAGGCCACAUUGUAUCCACCUGUAUCAAGUCUGACACUUGUGGAGGAAAAGCCCCCUCUGUACGACGGAACGAAUACGGCGUUUAAUCACAGUCAUGAGGUGCCUCAGUGA